AUGACGAGCCGCCGGCCUUCACUCCUUCAGGCCCGCGGCGAUUCUCACGCUCACGCCCACGCUCAUUCUUCAUACAAACUUGGUCACGGACACGGACACGACCAGCACCUGCAUCAACAGUAUCCUCAUGACGCCGUCGCUGGCCCCCGACCCGACGACAUCAAGCCCGAAAGCGCCCAGGAACCGGCGCUGCUGGACCGAGCUGCCGUGCCCGUCGGAGACCAACAGCCCACCGAUGUGACCACUCCCAGCGCAACAUCGCUCGUCACUCGGGUCGUCCAGACCGUUUCGCUCGUUCAAAUCGUCGACUCGUCUGGAUCACCGCUCGAGACACAGACUCGCUUCGCUAUCCCAAACACCGUGGUUGUGGACAAGGACACGGGCAAGACCAUUUCUGCCUCGAACCCGGAUCAUACACCAGCUCCCGCUGCGCCGGGUUCCGGCCUGGAGCCCACCGUGGCGAUUCAGUCCUCAACGUCUGGCAUCAACUCUCAAUCACCGGUCGCCUCAGUCCCCAGCAGCUCGCAAACACCGGCUGCUGCUAUUCCCACCAUUUCAAUCACACCGACUUCCCCGGCGUCCCUUUCGCCGUCCGCUCAUUCUUCACCACCACCAACACCAGCGGCUCCUUCGCUGGGCAUAGGCCAUAACGGAACAAAUACUACAGAUGCCGCAUUUGGCGGCGUGUUUGGAGGAGAUGGCGAAUCACCGACAACAAGCAGUACGGAGGCCACUCCUUCAGCACCAUCCAACGGGACGGACAACAUGCUGUCCCCUCAGCAGAAGCAAGUCAUUGGAGGUGUAGUUGGAGGCCUCGCUGGAGCCGCUUUCUUUCUCGUCUUGAUUCUGCUCGCUCUGCGGUACAAAAGACGCCAACUCAAUGCAGCUCAGGCUGCCGGGCAACCCACGUCAGAGAACCGUGGACUUCCUCCGACCAUCGUUACCCCUGACGGAGCUCCCAGCGGAGGCGGUAGCGGUAGCGGCGGCGCAAUGACGGAGAAUUAUAACGCUUCCGCGCUGACCGCGGCGUUUACCGGCUUGGCGUCGAAAAGCAGUUUUACUUCUGCGAACUCUGCAGAAACGGGAGAAAAGAGCUUCUACCGCGUAUCAGGCAAGAAGCUGCCGCCUUUGAUCCUGUGGGAGGAGCAGGAGCUCGGCUGCAGCUGGGGCUCCCCAUGCGGCCAGACAGCGGCGUACCGAUGA